GAGACGCGCGCACAUGUUUUUCGGUCAUUUUACCAGGUUAGCGAGGAGUGUAUUUUUCGGUGCUGGAUCAUCGACGUUUAUUAUCUGAGAUAUAGUGAUCCACGUUGGAAGAAAAAAUCCACGAUAGUAAUAGUAUUUUCUAAAUUUGAAAGACCAAGAGAAUACAUUUAAGACAAUGGCUGACUAUAUAAUUAGUGACACGAUGCCGGCAGAUGUACCGUUGCCGGAAGACGGACUUUCGCUGGCACAACUGUUUGCCAACGGCGAUGGACUUACGUAUAAUGAUUUCAUUAUUUUGCCAGGAUAUAUUGAUUUUACCGCAGAUGAGGUAGAUUUAUUAUCACCACUUACUAAGAAGAUUGUAUUGAAAGCUCCGUUGGUCUCCUCUCCAAUGGACACUGUUACGGAAUCAGAUAUGGCAAUUGCCAUGGCUCUAUGUGGUGGAAUCGGUAUAAUACAUCAUAAUUGCACGCCUGAAUAUCAAGCCAACGAAGUCCAUAAGGUAAAAAAAUAUAAACAUGGUUUUAUUAGAGAUCCAGUUGUACUUUCACCUCAGCAUACUGUCAAUGAUGUAUUAAAUGUAAAAAGUGAACAUGGGUUUUCUGGUAUACCUAUCACAGAUAAUGGAAAAGUAGGUGGUAAACUUUUAGGUAUUGUUACUUCCAGAGACAUUGAUUUCCUUGAAGAUUCGAUUAAUCAAAGAUAUACGAAAUUAGAAUCAAUAAUGACAAAAUUAGAUAAUCUGAUCACUGCAUUAGCUGGUGUAACAUUACCAGAAGCUAAUGUAAUUCUGGAAAAAUCAAAAAAAGGGAAACUUCCUAUAGUCAAUGAAAAAGGAGAACUUGUUUCCUUAAUGGCAAGAACUGAUUUAAAGAAAAAUCGUAGCUAUCCAAGCGCUAGUAAAGAUGCAAAUAAACAAUUAUUAGUAGGUGCUGCAAUUGGAACACGUAAUUCUGAUAAGCAAAGACUACAGCUUUUAACAGCUUCCGGAGUAGAUGUAGUUGUAUUAGAUUCAUCUCAAGGAAAUUCAAUAUACCAAAUUGAUAUGAUAAAAUAUAUCAAAUCAGAAUAUCCAGACUUGCAAGUUAUUGCAGGCAAUGUAGUAACUACUCUACAAGCUAAAAAUUUAAUAGAAGCAGGAGCCGAUGCAUUGCGUGUAGGUAUGGGUUCUGGAUCUAUUUGUAUUACUCAAGAGGUAAUGGCAGUAGGUAGACCACAAGCUACCGCUGUCUACAAAGUAGCAGAGUAUGCAAGGAGAUUUGGAAUACCCGUUAUAGCAGAUGGUGGUGUACAAUCUGUUGGCCAUAUCAUCAAAGGUCUUAGUUUAGGUGCAUCAACAGUUAUGAUGGGAUCAUUAUUAGCUGGAACUACAGAGGCACCUGGUGAAUAUUUUUUCAGUGAUGGAGUCCGUCUAAAAAAGUACAGAGGAAUGGGUUCUUUAGAAGCCAUGAAUAGGGCUGAUGCAAAGGGUUCAGCUAUGGAUAGGUAUUUCCACAAUGAAAUGGACAAAUUAAAAGUAGCUCAAGGCGUAAGUGGUUCAAUAGUGGACAAGGGAUCAGUUUUUAAAUUUGUUCCUUAUCUACUAUGCGGUAUAAAACAUGGAUGUCAAGACAUUGGUGCAAAAUCAAUAUCUACUUUAAGAUCCAUGACAUAUAGUGGUGAAUUGAAAUUUGAAAGAAGAACGCCUUCUGCUCAGCAGGAAGGAAAUGUCCAUAGUCUGUUUUCUUAUGAAAAACGUCUAUUUUGAACAUGUAAUUCGUAAGAGAUAUAUACACAACAAAAGUACCUGCAUUUAACUGCAUAUGACUACUAUGGGUAUUGAAAAUGCUGUUAUAUAUUAAUAUAUUAGAUCGUAACAUAAAUAAGUUCGCUUAUAUUCAGUGUUUAUACUUAUUUAUCUUACAACCUAAUAGUUGUGGAACUAUUCAUGUGUUUUACUAUAUUUUACUAUUAAUAAAAAUAUAAUUUUAUUAACGAUUAAUGAUACAUAGCAAUAAGUUUGUGUUAACAUUAUAUAAUAAAUUAGGUAUAUUAUGUUACAUGUGACAAGGAAAAAUUUGAAAAAAUAUCUCUUCAUCAGAAAGAUUAAACCUUUCUAAGUUUUAAGAUAUGAAUAUAAACUUUACUGUAUUGAAUUUCUAAUUUAAUAAUUUUUCUGUUUCAAUAGUAAUCUUGUUGGCAACCUUUAUAUAUUUGAGUGAGUAUAUUUCAGUACUGAUAGAAUGUACAAAGAAAUUACUAAAAAGUCAGAAAUAGAUUAUUGUUGAUUAUUUAAUUAAUUGAUUGUUAUAAUUGCUAAUAUAUUUAUUAGUAUUGAUAAAACACUGUAAUUGAGUAAGACAAUUAUAUUGUUGUUUAUAAAUAAUUUUUCAUAAAGCAGCAACUGCAUGUACUUUGUACAUUCAUAAUCAAGAAAAAUUUCGGAUGAAGUACAUAAAUAUUUUUUUAAUUAAAAAACUAGUAUCUUAGUUUUUGCAUCAUUGUUUUUAUUCACAAGUUAUAGCAUCUGUAAAUAUAGCAUAAUUUUCUUCAGGAAAAUUUUGUAAACAUGUGAUUCUUUUAAUCUUUCCGUAGUAUUAGUUUUCUUUUAAUUUUUCUAAUUCAUAACUCUAAAAUAUGUUAGGAAAACUGUUUUAUACAAGAAAAUGUUGAAUUUUAAUUUUUACUUUAAACAUUGCAUAUUUAGAAAUAUGAAUUUGAAAAUUCUACAAUUAUUUAAUUAUACAUAAAUAUUAUAAAAUAUCAAAUUUGACUGACUUAUGAAACAAAGGUAUAAUUACUACAUCAAAAAGUAGUAUUAUAUUGAAAAAUGUGAUGGGAUGAUGAAAACUAAUUAUAAUUUGCCAAAAUUUUAUACUUUGUCAUGUAUUUUGAUGUAAUUUACAAAUUAUACAAAUACUUUUAUGGCUUAAUCCUUGGCUUGGAAUCUAGCUUAAAUCCUUCAAUUUUAAAAAUAAAAAUCUUAAAAUCUG